AUGACCGACUUGAAGUUACCAGAGGGCUUUCUGUUUGGCUUUGCGACUGCCGCUUACCAGAUAGAAGGCGCAAUAAACGAAGGUGGACGCACACCAUCCAUCUGGGACACCUUCACUCGCGCCAAAAGUCCUGAGGGUGUACCCCAUAUCGCAGAUGAGAGCAGCGGGGAGUUUGCCUGUGACCAUUAUCGCCGAUGGAAGGAAGACAUUGGGUUGCUCAAGUCCUAUGGCGCCAAUUCGUAUCGGUUCUCUGUUUCCUGGUCUCGAAUCAUUGACUUCUCUGCUGGGAAGGAUGAACGUGGGGUGACUGGUCGACGAGACCCCGCCAACCCAGAAGGGAUCAAAUUCUAUAGGGACAUCCUCGAAGAACUGGUCAAGAACAACAUAACUCCAGCCAUCACCUUAUACCAUUGGGACAUCCCUCAAGCAUUGGAAGAUCGCUACGGUGGCUGGCGUAACCGAGAAGUCGUCAACGACUUCGUUCACUUCGCCAAGGUAGAGUCAUACUCAGCUCUCUCACAACUUUCACCUUUCCAGGUCUGUUUCGAGGCAUUCGGUGAUUUAGUAAAGCACUGGAUUACUCUGAACGAGCCCUGGUGCUGUUCGGUUCUUGGCUAUGGCUAUGGCGUAUUCGCUCCCGGACGAUCGAGCAACCGCGCCAAAUCAGCAGAGGGUGACUCUGCGACGGAACCCUACAUUGUUGCGCACAAUCUCAUCCUAGCUCAUGCUUACGCGGUCAAGGCUUACAGAGAAGAAUUCUCUUCUCAGAAAGGGUCCAUCGGCAUCACACUGGAUACCUUCUGGUACGAGCCAUACGACGAAGAGAAAGAUGCCGCUGCUACUCAGCGAGCAUUCGACGCCCGCUUGGGCUGGUUCGCAGACCCCAUCUUCAAAGGGCACUAUCCACCAUCCAUGAAAGACAUCUCGAACGGUGCCAUUCCUCAGUUCUCAGAGGAAGACAUCGCCGUUGUCAAGGGAUCCGCGGACUUCCUGGGACUCAACACCUAUUCAUCGAAUUUAAUCCAGGAUGCUGGAUCUGACUCGUUCAAGGGUAAGACGACGUCGACUUUCAAGAGGAAGGAUGGAACAGAAUUGGGGAGACAUUCGCAUGUGGCUUGGCUGCAGGACUACCUACCAAGUACCGGUGUAGGACCCCCUGCUAAACCAACACCUAGCGUCACGGAGAACGGUUUCCCAGCCAAAGGCGAAAACGACCUCCCGGUUGAAGAAGCCAUCCACGACAAAGACCGCGUUGAGUACUUCCGCGGAUACACACAAGCACUCCUGGAAGCCAUCAAUAUCGACAAAGUACCAGUGAAAUCGUACUUCGCCUGGAGUUUGCUGGAUAACUUUGAAUGGGCUGAUGGCUACCGAACUCGUUUCGGAGUGACCUAUGUCGAUUACAAGACGUUCAAACGAUACCCCAAAGAUUCGGCUCGUUUCCUCGGGAAGUGGUACGAGGAGCACAAAGCCUAA